UCCUUAUUGCACGCUCACCCGUCAUUCCCGAUGCCACCCCCCCGAUGAGCAACGCCCCCCACCGCUAUGCCUCCGUGGUCUUGGGCUUCGCUGACCCUCCCUCCACCUCGUUCCACCCCUACUCCUUCCCAAGCAAGGCCGGGGGCCGCCCCGUGUGGCUGCACCUCCCACCAACGGCGGCCCCUCCUCCCCCCCGAUGCAAAAUCUGCUCCCGGCCGCAACAAUUCUUGCUGCAAAUUUACGCGCCCGUCGAACCGCAACUUGUCGCCCACGACGAAGCCUUCCACCGCAUGCUCUACGUCGCUAUCUGCCCCUCCGCGUCCUGCCAGCGCCGUUCGGAUUGCGUCACCGUCCUGCGCGCUCAGCUUCCGCAAAGGAAUCAGUGCUACCCGUAUGAGGCUGUGGAGGAGCCCGAGUUGAUCAAGGAGCCAGACGUUUGUGUUUUAUGCGGCUUUGCAGCUGCGAAGAGAUGCGCCCAGUGUCACCGCGUCUCGUACUGCGCAAGGGCCUGCCAGUUGCAGGACUGGAAGCUGGGGCACAAGGACGAGUGCGCCGGGGGCGUGACGAAGGACGACAUGGACGCCAGGAGGGUCAAGUGCAGGCUUCGCGAGAUGGAGAUUGUCACUGAGCAGCAUCCCACACCGGAUACUAGUGACGACGAGGACGACAGUGAAGGGGAGGACGCGCAUGUCGAAACGCUAUCGCCAAAUGGCGACGCCAGCGAGGGCGGCGGGGAGCAGGAGGACGCGAAAGCCGAGACGCUGCCGCCUAGCGGUGAUGCUCACCCUUCGGGCACGGUGACGCGCGUCAGUACCGCUGUAAACGUAGACGAAAUGCCUGUGCGAGGCACGUUUCAAGACGCAGACGGCGACGAGCUUCCCGAAGAGAUAUUCCGCGGGCGCGGGCGCGGGUUAGGGGCCAACGACGCGUCAACGAGUCAUUUCCAGCGCGUGGUUGGGUACGCGUCGUCGCAAGUGGUGCGGUACGAAUGGGACGGGUUGGCUCUGUGGGCAGCGCGCGGCGGGCGGUGCGGCGAAGCCGGGGCGUGCCAGCGGUGCGGCGCGCCGCGCGUGUUCGAGAUGCAGGUCAUGCCGCAGCUGGCGUGGUACGUCAGGCACGACGACGCGCGCGCGACGAUCGAGGCCGUCGCAGAGCGCUUGCGCGACGGCAUGGAGUGGGCGACUAUCGCUGUCUACUCGUGCUCGCGUAGCUGUCCCCUGGGGGAUGUGUACGCCCGCGAGAUGGCGUGGGCGCAGGCAUUCGACGCCCCCCCGUAGACCACCCGCGCGGAGGUCCUGACGGCCCUGGUGGAGGGCGCCACACGUGUACGGCCAAGGGUCGACGCAGUCGCCCGCCUCCCGGUCCGCUAAACUGCACGUGCCGUCCCGAUUGGACCACCACGCACAACGCGUGUCGCGAUCCGUUCGAUCAUCCACCCUACUUUGCCGGCCCCGUCACCAGCCCCCACUCCCCCGUUCCCCCUUCGGACGCCCAUCCCCCCGCCGACCGCCGAAGUCUCGCAUCUGCCGUCGCGUUGCCCUCCCGCCCAACUCUAACUCUUAGAGUUCCCUUCUCUGCUAGUCCGCUUCCACACACCGUUCUCCUCCCGUAUCCUUCCCCAUUUUCAAACCAAUUCAAACUCCUUCCGCCUAACUCUUACCGCUUGCCUUCC